UUAUGGCCUUAUCAACAAGAACACGUUAUGCAAUACCAGCACCUUUGACGGGAUGCGCAGACAACUGGACGCCGGUUCAUCUGACAGUUUCCUAUACGAAUCUUACCACACUAACUCAGAUAUCCGUCGAGUUUCAUCUUUCGCUGAUUGUCGAACGGGAUAAUGCUCACGAGGUUAACAUUCGUUUCUGUAUGUGGGACAGCGAAUCGGACGAUUCGUUGGACGCUGGCGUACCAGUAGCAGACGGAUUUGGACAAGGUGAAGCCGUAUCAUAUACAUCAUUACCCGACGGGCGAUACUGUGUAUAUGGAAUAGGGAACGCCGAGGUAAACAUGGAAGAGAAAAGAUGGGAAUGGUCACAUGGGUCUUGUCCUAAAGGCUUCGAGUCAGGUUUCUCCACAUUUCCGUUCAACUCAACAGCCGUUAUUCCCCAGGAUUUCCGAACCAACCCCGUACCCAUACCAACACCGUUCUCGAUAUACACCAUUAACAUCAGCAUGGCCCACUACUGUUGUGCAGAGUCAGGCGAUGUCAACACGGCCAUCGAAUUGCCUUUCGUAAUUCCAUUUUUCCUUUUCCCGCUCAAAUCGACGGAAUGUCAGCGAGUGCGGGGUAUGAAGCAUCGGCUUGAGCACGUUGAAUGGCCUUCGAUGAAGUACCAUGGCGGAGCGCAUCCUUAUACAAACAACUCGCGCUUCUACUACUGCUAUUAUGAACCGGACACUAUUGCAAUGGAACAAAACAUCGUCAUAGCAACAUAUACAGUCAUGAUUGGGACUCCAACUAUCACUUUCAUCGUCCUUUGUGCGUGUCGAUUUACUCACAGGAAACUGCGAAAGAGAAAGAAACAACGCCAAUCCUUGUUGGCGGCAGCGUGCUCGACCGCAACCAGCGAGGCACCAGUCGUCAAGGCAUGAUCGUCGUCAAGUUGAGAUGGUGGAUGAUGACGAAAACGACUUCAAGACAACAGGUUUUGGGCACGAACAAUGAACUUUAUAGAGGACUAAAAUCAAAAGAAUUUAUGAGAUAGAACAAGUCAAAAAUUGGGCUUUGCAAAUACACUAUCGGUCAACUUUCGAUGUCUGAUAUCAACUCUAAGAACGGAGAGUCGAGUCACAUUGGACAAUCGCAAGAACAGAAGACGGAUGAAAGUGACUCAUCAAGAUUAGAUGAGGGUCUGAUGUAAAUUGGCUCAAUAUCGUUGAGGCCGAUCUAAUAAAAAUUGGCACGAAGUCGUCGGCUUGGCAAAUUGGAUAAGGUGACGUUUUCACGGAACCCAUGAACGUUUUGCGAUAAGGUUUUGCGAGUAUACUCGAUUUGCCGAUAAAUGGUUAUGUCCAACGCUCGUAAUUUGAUGCGACAAAAGUGCCCAAAAUGUGCGCCAUAUUGUUAGGAAGCCUCGGGAGUUGUUUGAAGGGUCGCUUGGAGUCAAUAUUCAUUCUAAAGAAGUUUCAACGCAAAAUAUAACAAAGUUACUCACGCAAGAAAAGGGACUCCAAGCGAUCCCCGGGCCUUAGCCAACAUGUCAAAACGAAGGUGGAAAAUAAAUUGUAAACUUUAUUUUGAAUCACAACUGAUCCCUGAAAACAGUGAUUGUUGCAAAAAAUUAUGAGGGAAAAAUAAAAGUUUUGAUGCAGAGUACACAGUAAGGCAAACUUAAAAUGUGCUCAUCCAUUGAGGUCAAACAUAGCCUGACAAAAAGGCUCAAAGAUUUCUUUUCAGAAAAUAAGACGACUUAAAAUUUUUGAACAUUUUUGGUUUCCUGAAGUAAUGGGGCAUCAGUAAAAUGGGCUUGAUUUAUUUAUGUGCCCCACCCUCCUCAUCAUAUCCGUUUAUCUCUCCUCUCUUUCUCUCAUCCCCCAUAUCUCUCUCCCCCUCUCUCUCUCCAAUACACACAGGCGCACACAUACACAGUAUCUCCAUGUUUCUCCCUCUUCUAUUUUCUCUUCUCUUUUUAUCAGUCCCCAGUUCUCUCCCCCUCUUCACCCUACCUCUAUAUUUUUCAUUCAAACUCUUCAUGACAUAAAUUCUCCUUGAAAUUUUAUGUGCAUGGGUA